AUGGCUGGAGGUCAAUCCAAUGUACUUGUGAAGGCUCAUGGCUCCCCAUGCACAUGCAAGCAAGCAGCAGCAGUGCAGGAUCGGAUGCAGUCAGCUGUAUUCCAUCGCAGCCUCUGGGGGGAUCACUUCCUUGCCGCCGCCGCUAAUACUGAUCUGCAGGAGAAUCGAGCUGGUGAUCAUGAGCUUGGAGAUUAUGAAGUUAUGAAGGAAGAGGUGAGGAGGAUGGUGACAGCGGGGGUUGACAAUGACAAGGACAAGGUCGCCAUAAUCCAAAAGCUGGAGCUGGUCGAUGAAAUCCAACGAUUAGGUGUUGGGUAUCACUUUGAGGCGGAGAUUGAAGAAGCUCUUGGAACUGUAUAUGUUCUUGGAGGGGAAUCAUUCGUUGAAAAACACUCGAAUAAUAUUGAGCUAAACCAUGCGGCUCUUUGGUUCCGACUUCUCAGACAACAAGGCUUCCGUGUUUCCCCCGCCGAUGGAUUUCGGAUGUUCAAGGACGAUGAAGGAAAGUUCAAAGAAUCGCUAGUGUCGGAUGAGCAAGGGCUGCUUAGUUUAUACGAGGCAGCACAUGUGGCAUUCCAUGGAGAAGACAUAUUGGACGAUGCCCUAGGCUUCACCAUCAAGAACCUCAAGUCAAUCAUUCUUGAUCACAAGCCCUCUUCGUUAUUCAGGAAGCAAGCCGAGUUUUCUCUCAGCCUCCCCAUAUGGAAAUGCAUCCCCAGGAUACUUGCUAGGCAUUCUAUUGAAGUCUACUCCGAAUUCCACAGCCACGCCUCCCAUGAUCGAGCAGUAAUCCUUAAGUUUGCAAAGUUGGACUUCAACGUGGUGCAGAAAUGCCAUCAGGAAGAGCUCCGCGAACUCACAAUGUGGUGGGCAAGUCUCGAAACGAAGACCAGAUUCCCAUAUGCAAAAGAUAGACUUGCAGAGUGCUAUUUCUGGAUUAAUGGCGCUUACUUCGAGCCCAAGUACCGUGUCGGAAGGCUUAUACUCGCCAAGUGUGGAGCAGUGUCCACCCUCGCUGAUGACGUCUAUGAUAACUUUGGUAAAUACCAAGAGCUCCAACUCCUCACGGAUGCCAUCGACAGGGCGGAUAUCAGUGACGUGGAAUCACUUCCCGACACGAUGAAGGACAUCUUCCAGGCCAUUAUCAUUAACCUCUUCAAAGAAAUGGAGCAGGCAGUUCCAGAAACUGGACCCACUUACGGUGUUGGCUACUCUAUACAAGAGUUCAAGAAUAUGUGCCGAGCCUUCUUGGCUGAAGCCCGGUGGCGCACUGAGAGUCAUACUCCAACUCUGGAGGCGUACUUGAUUGAUGCAAACGUAAGUGGUGGCUAUCCUUUCCAUUGCACGGCUGCAUUGUUGGGGCUGCCGGCAGAAGCAGCUGCAACCAAAGAGGCCUUUGAUUGGGUAACCCAUAAGGCCAAUAAGAUGGUCUUAGCCUCCUCUGCCAUUUGCAGGCUCCAAAACGACAUCAUGUCUCACCACUUCGAGCGAAAGAGGAUGCAUGUGGCGUCCGCCGUUGAGUGUUUUAUGGUGGAGCAUGAUGUCUCGGACGAGGUGUCGGCGAAUUUUCUGUGGGGAGAGAUUUCGAAAGCUUGGAAAGACAUUGCUGAAGAGUAUUGCCAGAGACCGACCCCGGUUCCCAUAGAUGUGAUGUCUCCGACUCUCAACUUGGCUCGGGUGAUCAGCGUGAUGUAUGGGAAGGGCGAUGCCUACACUCACCCUCAUCUUCUCAAGGAACACAUUGCUUCCCUCUUCGCCCAUCCUGUGCCGCUUUGA